AUGUCCUUCCUUGGUGGAGCAGAGUGCUCAACUGCAGGCAACCCUCUCACGCAGUUCACAAAGCACGUUCAACAUGACAACACACUUCAGCGAGAUGGGCUGGUGGGUAGAAGUCCAGCGGCUUUGGAGGAAGGCCUGCGAUCCAGGCCUGCCACUAAUGGUUCAGAUCAGAUGAAUGAUUUCCUAUUAUCGCCAGCUGCUCCACCACCUUUUUCCAUGGAACGAAUGCGAAUGGAACUGCCGCCUAUGCUUUCUCCUACGCAACGAACGCCCUCGCCUAGUUGGGCAGCAGAAUUUGACCCAGGGGAACAGGCUAGAAUGGAAAGAGCAUUUCCAGCACAGCAACCAAUGGGCGGCCUGAAAGCAAACGGAUUUAGCAGCGCAGACUUCGCGCGCUUUCAACAGCACAGUCGGCCGGAUUUGCAGAGGACAGCAAGCCCAGUGGCUCGCAGCUCCUCAGCUAUGAACGGAUAUCAACGACCAAUGGGUAUGGGUUACAUGGAGGGAAUGGGCAUGGGCAUGGGUAUGGGUAUGCCCACAUACAAUGCUGUGAAUAUGCAGCCGCAAAGAGCAUCUACAGUAGACACAAAGGGCAAAUCUCGAAUGGUCGAGCUGGAUGACUCAAGUUGGGAAGCGCAAUUCGCAGAAAUGGAAAACUUGCACCAAGAUCAGGACGCUCUGUCAGAUGAAGCCAUUCGAGCGAUGGAGCCCGAGCUUAACGAAUUCGACAGGUCAGUGCAGCCCGAGACAGAUCACUAUGGUGAUUUUGAAAGUAUAUGGCAAGGGAUACAGGCUGAACGUGAAUCCAGACAAAUGGCUGCCGACGAGGCCGAGUUUGGCAAUGCUUUCUCAAACGAGGACUUUGCUGCGUGGGACAACUUUGACUCAAGCCUUGGACUUAAUACGCAUUCAAAUCCAUUAGAGCAAGAUCCGCACCUCGGAGAUUAUAUGUUUGAAUCACAAAACCCAUUUCUCGAAAAUGCAAACGCCUCAGUAAGUGCUUUCGACCAGGGUGUUCAAAUAUUAAACGAGCACGGCAAUCUCUCCCUUGCAGCUCUCGCGUUUGAAGCUGCCGUUCAGCAAAACCCAGACCACAUUGAAGCCUGGACACUCCUCGGCUCCGCCCAAGCCCAAAAUGAAAAGGAAUCCCCCGCCAUUCGCGCUCUAGAACGCGCCCUACUCCUCGAUCCCAACAACCUCGACGCGCUCAUGGGCCUGGCCGUUUCCUACACAAAUGAAGGCUACGACUCAACGGCCUACCGCACCCUCGAACGUUGGCUUAGCGUCAAAUACCCACAAGUUCACCCCCCAGACCAAGUAUCCGAAGCCACCGAACUCGGCUUCACCGACCGCGCCCUCCUCCACGAACGAGUCACCAAGCUCUUCAUCCGCGCUGCCCAACUCUCCCCUUCAGGAGAACACAUGGACCCAGACGUCCAAGUCGGGUUGGGAGUCCUCUUAUACGGCGACGAUGACUUCGAAAAGGCAGUCGACUGCUUCAAUGCCGCAUUAGCAUCCACAGAAACCGGCGUCGUCAACCGAGAAGGACAGGUCCAUCUGUUAUGGAAUAGGCUAGGCGCCACCCUUGCAAACUCAGGUCGAAGCGAAGACGCAAUCGCCGCCUACGAGAAAGCACUAACCAUAAACCCGAAUUUCGUCCGUGCCCGCUACAACCUCGGCGUCUCAUGCAUCAAUAUCGGCUGCUACCCCGAAGCGGCGCAGCAUCUCCUUGGUGCGCUCUCCAUGCACAGGGUGGUGGAGGAACAAGGGCUUGAUCAAGCGAAGGAGAUUGUUGGCGAUGUCCGCCGACCGGGAGGGCCGGCCGGGAACGGAGGCACCGGCCAUGGUUCCUCGAUCGACCACGAGACCCUAGAGCGGAUAAUCCAGCAGAAUGAGAGCGCGAAUCUCUAUGAUACGUUGAGGAGGGCUUUCACGGGCAUGAACAGGAGAGAUCUGAGUGAGAGGGUGGGCUCAGGAAUGAGUUUAGACGGGUUCAGAGAGGAGUUUGAUUUCUAG